AUGAGGAUUUCACUGUCUCUCGGCCUCGCAGCACUCAGCUUGCAAUCAUUCAAUGUGCUCUCUGCCCUCGCGACGCCGGGCCCCAUCAAUGGAAGCGCCGAUAUACAACUUCGCGACCCUGCCAUUUGGUACAAUGCAGAUGCUAAGAAGUACUACGUUUUCUCGACUGGUGGCAACAUCUCGACACAUACGUCUUCCUCUUUGACCGGACCAUGGACGAAGGUCGGCGCUGCGUUGCCGCACUGCACGACCAUCAACCUUGGCUCGGACGGUCACUGCACCUUAUGGGCCCCAGAUGUAAACUAUCAGGAUGGGCGAUAUGUCAUGUACUUCGCUAGCCCUGGCAACGCCAGGCGAAACGCGAGCAUCGGUGUCGCUACAUCCCCCUCGAUGGACCCUGGCACUUGGACAGACCACGGCCUGGUGAUACACUCGAAACCGAGUGGUAACUUCGAUGCUAUCGAUGCCAAUCUCAUUCACGCGGACGGUCUCAAGCUUGCCUUUGGCUCUUACAACGACGGCAUGUUCUUGACCGACCUAUCAAACAUCACGACGCCUUCUUCGUCGUUGCCGGGUACGCAUCUCGCCGGCAGUGGUGAUCGCCCGGCCGAAGGUGGCUUCCUGUAUAAGCCGUCCAGCUCGGAUUACUACUAUUUCUUCUUUUCGUACGGGCAUACACCGACCGUCGGCGAAAAGCCUCGCCCUCCCGCUGGCCAAGAGUACAGAGUUCUUGUGGGGCGCAGCAAGAACAUCAAUGGGCCAUACGUCGACGAGAACGGCGACAAGUUGACGAAGAAUGUCAAGCCACCGACCGGUACCGUCGUGCUUGCCACGCACAACAAUGUUUACGCUCCCGGAGGACAGAGUAUCUUCCUCGACCCUGUGAGCACGCGUGACGUCAUUGUCUACCAUUACGUGCGCAAGAACGCCCCUGCUGGUGGUCCUUCGUACUUGGGCAUCAACUACCUCGACUUCAGCAGCGGUUGGCCUGUCCUUGUCAACUAA